CUCAGGUAUUGACUUGUCUGUUUUCUCCUUUGUCCAAGGAGAAGUUCCCAAGUGGAGGGUCUAGCCUUUAACAUGAAUCCAAUUUUCUUCUGGAGGAUCUUCCUAAGAUUUUCCUUGUUAUCCUCAUCAUCAACCACGAGGAAACAAGUAUGGCCCGUUUGGACAUGCUUGUUUUUGACAAUGAUAACCCGUUUUGGCCAGCACUAAAAUCUUCUACUCUACAAAGAGACAAUUUUGGGUUAGGGAAGGCUUAGCAAUUGACAAAUUCCAUAUUCUUUGCUGCCUGAAGGAUGACAAAUUGGAGGUGACAUUAUCAACCACUUCUCUUGUCCAUUCUUGGGAAAACUCUUCCAAGACAAGAGCUUUAACUAAACUAUAAAACCCCACAUCUCCAAACACUGUAGAGCUUUGCAUUGAGGAACAUUUUUGGACUUUUGGUUUAGUUGCUCUUUGAGGCCUUCUGGGCCUUACCAAGACCACUAGCUGUUAUUAAUCUGAAGUUGGUGGUGUGAUUAAUUAGUUGUUCAAGUUGCACCUUAUGGACUCAGGUUCGCCAUAUCAGUGGCUGAGGGAGCUGAGAUGGGAGUCACAGGGCUUAAAUCCAAUGAUCCUUCUUCUUGACUGUGCUAAAUGUGUUGCAUCUGGAAGCAUCAAGAAUGCAGAUAUUGGCCUUGAGUACAUAUCUCAGAUUUCAUCACCUGAUGGUAGUGCAGUGCAAAGGAUGGUCACUUAUUUCAGCGAAGCACUUAGUUACAGGAUAAUAAAACGUUUGCCAGGUGUAUAUAAGUCUCUCAAUCCACCAAAAACAUCACUGUCUUCAGAAGACAUCCUUGUUCAGAAAUACUUCUAUGAUCUGUGUCCUUUUUUAAAGUUCUCAUACCUGAUCACAAACCAAGCCAUUGUGGAGGCGAUGGAAUUCGAAAAGGUGGUUCACAUUAUUGAUCUCCACUGUUGUGAGCCAGCUCAAUGGAUAGAUCUUCUACUAACUUUCAAAAACCGUCAGGGAGGUCCACCUCAUCUCAAAAUUACAGGCAUUCAUGAGAAGAAAGAGGUUUUAGACCAAAUGAACUUUCAUUUGACAACUGAAGCAGGGAAAUUGGAUUUUCCUUUGCAGUUCUAUCCAGUUAUUAGCAAACUGGAAGAUGUUGACUUUGAGAAGUUGCCUGUGAAGAUAGGAGAUGCUCUUGCAAUCAGUUCUGUUCUUCAGCUUCAUUCUCUUCUUGCCACUGAUGAUGACAUGGCGGGGAGGAUCUCACCGGCUGCGGCCGCGACUAUGAAUCUGCAGAGAGCAGUGCAUAUGGGCCAAAGGACUUUUGCAGAGUGGCUUGAGAGAGAUAUGAUCAAUGCAUAUAUCUUGAGUCCUGAUUCUGCAUUGUCACCUCUUUCCUUAGGUGCCUCACCUAAGAUGGGGAUCUUUCUCAACGCUAUGCAAAAACUCCAACCAAAACUGGUGGUGAUUACUGAACAAGAAUCAAACCUGAAUGGAUCCAAUUUGAUGGAGAGAGUUGAUAGAGCACUGUACUUUUACAGUGCAUUGUUUGACUGCUUGGAAUCUACUGUUUUGAGAACAUCAGUAGAGAGACAAAAACUUGAGAGCAUGCUUCUGGGUGAGCAGAUUAAGAACAUCAUUGCUUGUGAGGGUGUUGAUAGAAAGGAGAGACACGAGAAACUCGAGAAAUGGAUUCGAAGGCUUGAAAUGGCUGGUUUUGUGAAGGUACCUUUGAGCUACAAUGGGAGGAUAGAAGCCAAGAAUCUGCUGCAGAGAUAUAGUAAUAAAUACAAAUUUCGAGAAGAGAAUGAUUGUUUACUUGUCUGCUGGAGUGAUACACCAAUGUUUUCUGUAUCAGCUUGGAGUUUUAGUAGAUGAAUGUUCAUAUAUGUGCUGGAAUAUGAAGAGGUUGAAAAUGAAAUAAUCAACAAGACAAUAAGAUCGAUUGAUUUUUAUUUUCAUCUUUCUUUCUUUCUAGGGUUUAAUUGUUUCUAAUUUCUAUGCAUAAAGGGUUUUACGUUUUUGUUCUCUAGAGCAGCUGGGUGAUUUGGAAAGCCAAACAACAAAUCCAUCUUGUAUUGUUGUUGAUUUUAAUAAUUCAUUUGAGUACAA